CUCUCCUCACGCUCUCUCUCUUUCUCCUUCCCUCUCUCUCUUACUCUAUUCUGUUACUGUUCAUUCACGUUAUCAUCUCCACUCGGGGUAUGUUUUCUCUUCUCUCGCUUCUUCACUACCCAUGGCAGUCGACAACGGAAAAGUAAAAUGUGGCAGUAUUGAUGUCCAUCCCACUGAGAAAGCCCUGGUGGUCAAUUAUGAAUUGGAGGCUACUAUUUUGGGUGAGAUGGGAGAUGCGAUGCUUGGGGAGAGAAAGGAAUGUCAAAAAAUCAUCCGCGUGAAGAACUUGAAUGAGAACACAGAUCUGACUGCUUUGUCUCACGAAAUCAUUGACAAAUGUAAAUUAAUAUCACCAAGUAAACUACCUGAAAUUGAACAAUUAUUGUAUUAUUUACAAAAUAGAAAAGAAUCUUCACCACCUAAAGCCUCAGGUAAAACUCAGCUCUCCGACAAGCCACUUGAACCUGCCCUCACUGAUGGAACUGAAUUAGAUGAAGAAGCAAACCUCAAUGACACAGAUGAUUACUUAGAACUCCUCUACGAAGACAUACCUGAGAAAAUACGGGGUGCAGCCUUAUUUUUGCAGCUUGCAAGAAAUCCUGAUAAUCUCGAGGAACUUUUCCAUAAUGAAACCAUUGUUGGUGCUUUAGCAAGAGUUCUAAAAGAAGACUGGAAGCGCAGCACUGAGCUUGCUACACAUAUUAUUUCUAUAUUCUUCUGUUUUUCCAAUUUCUCUCAUUUCCACGGUGUCAUUCUUCAUUUCAAAAUUGGAGCCUUAUGUAUGACAGUAAUUGAUUAUGAGUUAAAGAAAUAUGAUCUUUGGAACGAUGAGAUACAGAAGAAGAAAAGAAACAUUAGUGAACUGGAAAAAGAAGAAAAAAUUAGAGCAAAGGAAGAAUACGACAAAAGUGUGAAGAAAUUUGAGAGUGUUGUUAAAAAGCAAGAGCAAUUGUUAAGAGUGUCUUUCUACCUUCUGUUGAAUUUAGCCGAAGAUUUAAAAGUGGAGAUGAAAAUGAGAAACAAAGGAAUCGUUAUGUUACUGGUGAAAAGUCUGGAUCGGACAGAAAAUUCCGAACUUUUGAUGUUGGUGGUAUCGUUUCUUAAAAAGCUGUCAAUUUUCAUUGAGAAUAAAAAUGAGAUGGCUGAACACUGCAUUAUCGAGAGGCUGGCCCCCUUAGUUCCCUGUGACAAUGAAGAUCUGCUUAACAUCUCACUGAGGUUACUGAAAAAUCUGUCUUUUGAUUCUGAACAAAGGAGUAAGAUGAUCAAGUUUGGCCUACUGCCUAAACUCGUUAGCUUGCUGAAUAACGAAAACCAUAAAAUAGUUGUACUGGGCAUAUUGUAUCAUAUUAGUAUGGAUGACAAAGCUAAGACUAUGUUUACCUAUACUGACUGUAUCCCUGUGGUUAUGAAGAUGCUCUUUGAUAGUCCGGAAGAUACGGACAAAGAACUUUUGGCUUUGUGCGUAAAUCUUGCAGCAAAUAAACGAACAGCGGAGAUUAUUUCUGAAGGAAAUGGCCUCAAGAUGUUAUUUAAAAGAGCAUUCCGCUUCAAAGAUCCCAUUUUAAUGAAGAUGCUACGGAAUAUAUCUCAGCAUGAAGGAUUCACAAAGAAUUUAUUCAUUGACUAUAUUGGUGACCUGAUUGAAGCAAUGAUGCAUAAGAGUCACGAAGAAUUUGCUUUGGAGUGUUUAGGAGUGCUGGGCAACUUAACUAUUUUAGAAUUGAAUUAUGAAAUGAUUAUCAAAGAGUACAAUCUCAUAACUUGGAUAAAAAGCAAACUUCAACCAGGUAACCAAGCUGAUGAUGUUGUCUUAGAAAUUGUUAUUCUUGUUGGCACUGUAUGCAAUGAUGACAGUUGUGCCAAACUACUCGCUGAAUCAGGAAUCAUACAAAGUCUCAUAGAACUGCUUAAUGCAAAACAAGAAGAUGAUGAAAUGGUGUGUCAGAUUGUCUACGUUUUCUACCAAAUGAUUUUUCAUGAAUCAACCCGAGAAGUUAUCAUUAAACAAACUCAAGCACCAGCUUACUUAAUUGAUUUAAUGAAUGACAAGAACACUGAAAUUCGCAAAGUCUGUGAUAACACAUUGGAUAUCAUAGCUGAAUAUGAUGAAGAGUGGUCUAAGAAAAUCCAACAAGAGAAAUUCCGAUGGCAUAACUCUCAUUGGUUGGAAAUGGUAGAGUCUCGACAAAUGGAGGAUAACAAUGAAUCAUACUUGUAUGGUGAUGAAGGGAUCAACCCAUUUUUGCAUGACACAGAUAUUUUAGACAGACCUGAGCUAUUCUAUGGUACAACUGGUUUUGAUCCUGUGAUGAUGAUGGAUGGUCACCUUACUCCUGAGUACAUUGAUGACAAUGGUUUAUACAAUGGUAACCCUGAAUUUAUGAUGCCUUCAGGAAACUUAUAUAAUGUCAGAUACAGUGGUGAAUUCGAACCGUACAUUCGACCUGAUACUCAACUUGGUUUCAUUGUCGACGGUCAAGCUGUUGAUGAAUAUGGCCGGCCAAUAGCAGGUGGUGAUCAGGGACUUCCAUACUCUCCUGUCCCAUACACAACAUAGCAUGAAAUUGGUCCGGUCUUGUUGAAGCCAGUUGGUAAGACCAUUGAGUAUCCUCUCUCUCUGUCUUUCCAAGCUUCUUCUUCUUCUUCUUUUCAGUUUUCCUGGUUGUCAUCAAGUGCUCAAGGCUUUGUCUUCUCAUCUGGUGUCCAAUAAACUGAACUUGUUGUCCUCAGUGUUGUUAACAAGCUUCCUGGUGCUCUUUGCUCAUCUAAGGGCCUCAAUGUUUGUCACUCUAUCUGCAUAUGACACCUUCAGUAUUUCCUCCUCAGGAACCACAAACUCUGCAACAUUGAUAAGCUUUUGCACUCAUUCUUGCACUUAAAUGUAGCAUAAUUAAUAUUUUCUUAAUUAUCUAUGUUUAACACUGACCAUGUUGACACCAACCACAAUUAGCACUGCAAUAACUGUUAUUCUUGAAUGAUUGAUCUAAUCCAAUUCCUAGGAUUGACCUAAUUCAAUUUCCACACCACCACCACCACCAUCACUAUCAUCAGGCCCAUGGAUGUCUUAACCACAGUCUAUUCCAUUGUCAGUAUUCAAGCCAUGUCUGAAUUAUACUGCUUCCUACAUGUGUUGCGCUUUCUUCCUUCUCUCUUUGCCACAGCACACCACCAGAGUCACCUCAACCAACACCCCACCUUAAUUCAUGAUCUGUGCUCUUCCUCCUUUCACAUAACCCUAAAAACUUCUUUUCUUUAAAUGUCUUAUUGUUAUUAUUAUUUAAGGUGGCAGAAUCGUUAGCACGCCAGACAAAAUGCUUAGCAGCAUUUCAUCCGUCUUUAUGUCCUGAGUUCAAAUUCUACC